AUUCAUCAUCGGAAAAUCGUCCAUUUGGAUCUCAAGCCGGCGAAUUUUUUACUCGUUCGGGGAAAGAUAAAGCUCUCGGAUUUUGGCCUAGGCGGGCGUAUCGGCGUCGUGCCUAAUCUACCUGCAUCCUCUUCUAGUUGUGCAGAAGGUAAUUUUUCUUAUGAUUACGCGGUAGGUCCACUUGCUGAGCAUGAGGGAUUCGUGGCACGGCAAGGGCAAUGCGGCACGCCGCGAUACAUGGCGCCGGAAGCUUUCUGGCAGCGUGAAAGUCCCGAAGUAUUUUGUUUGCGGCCUGCGGCUGACGUCUGGUCUUUGGGAAUCAUGUUCUACAGCAUCCUGUAUGGCCACGCGCCUUUCCAG